UUUGCUGCCUGUCUUGACUAGUGGACCAGGGCAUAAGGAAUGUUACGGUUAUGGAGGCCCCUCCUCACAACCGGAGGCCCGAGGCAAUUAUCUGCUCUGCCUAUUGGUAGCGCCGGCCCUGAGAAAAGUAAAUUAUAAGAUAAAGAAAAGGGGAGGUAUUUUAUGUUACACACGUGCUAGAAAACUACAGUUAAUGGCUUGGUUCCGUGCACAUUAAGUACACAUUAGUUUUUAUCGUCGUGCUGUAAAGCAAAAAAGUGUUUUGUCUAUUUUGGCGCUUGCUAAAGCUGUACUUGUUUCAUCGCAUCCUUCAUCAAAAGCACAAGAGGUUCGAUCAGGACUGCAAGAUGGAUCAGUAUCACAGACUCUCAGACGCCAGUGCUGACAGCAGUAUCUCAGAUCACAGCAUGAACGUUUCUCCUGGUGUGAUCAAAGUGUUAAAAGAACAUGGAUACACCAUAAAGAAAAAACUUGGACAAGGGAAUUCAGGAAUAGUGUUUCUGGUGAAUGACACAGAUGGAGAUCCUUAUGUGGUCAAACAGAUGAAUUCCAGAGAUGGGGAGGAGCUGGAUUCAGUCAGAAAGGAAGUUGAGAUCCUGAAAACUCUAAACUUUGGAUAUAUUGUUACUUAUGUAAAUUCAUUUGAAGAUAAAGAAGCGGGACGCAUUUAUAUUGUGAUGGAGUAUUGUGAAGGAGGUGAUCUUUCAAAAGUCAUGGAAACACGGAAAGAAGAACGUUUUUUUGAAGAAAAAGAGAUCCUUGACUGGCUUGUUCAGAUUUGUCUGGCUCUGCAGUAUCUCCAUGAGAAGAAAGUAAUUCAUAGAGAUAUUAAACCUCAGAAUGUCUUUCUGACUGAAGAUGGUUACGUCAAUCUAGGAGAUUUUGGAUGCUCAAAAGCAUUGGAAAGAGCUGAUGAAUAUGCAAAUUCAGUUGUGGGUGCAAAGCUCUAUGUCAGUCCAGAAGUUUAUCAGGGGAAACAUAAUUCCAAGAGUGACAUCUGGUCAUUGGGAUGGUUGCUUCAUGAUCUCUGCAUGCUUGAUGUGUGGGCAGAUGGCAUACAGCGUCACAUAGUUCAUGCAGUCAGCAUGGCAGGAAACCCCCCUCAUGUCUCAGAGAAAUACUCAGUAGAACUGAGAGAAUUAAUCAGACAAAUGCUCAGCUGUGACCCUAAAGACAGACCUUCAGCUGAAGAGAUACUAGCAAAACCAUUCCUGAACGAUGCAGUGAACAGAAACAGCAGAACUCCAGAGGCACUACUACAGAGUGUCGUGAAGUCUAUCGACACUUUUGAUAAGGCCUACAACAAGCACUUUAAAGACAUUGGGGAUUUAGUUAGUGAGUGGGGAAGAAUAACAGAUUCGAUGGAGUCUGCACAUUACAGUGCCACAGCGGGGAGUCUGUCAGGAUCAGUUAUUGGAGCAGCUGGAGGCAUCACCGCAUUAGUUGGUUUAAUUUUGGCACCAUUCACUCUCGGUGCAUCUCUGAUUGUUACUGGUGUUGGUGUUGGAGUUGGAGUUGCAGGUGGAGUAACAGGUGCUGCAUCCACCAUUACUAAUACUGUACAACAAAAGUCAUACAGAGAGAGCCUUGAACAAAUUCAGCAAAAGUAUAACUCUGUAAGUGAACCAAUUCUAACACCGCUGAAUACACUGAGAAAGGUACUGAGAAAAAUCGCAAAGUUCAAUGUAUUUUUUGGCAACUCAGCUUUUGACAAUGUACAAAUAUCAUGCAAUUUAAACAAAAGAAAUGUUUUUUGUGCCAUACAACUCAUGAAUUUAGGUCUUUUGGCAAAUGUUAGCAGAAUUGCUACUCAGACUGCAAGAGUAGGACGAGUAGUAGCAGAAGCAGUCUCAGGUGUGUUAAGUGGACUGUUAGUCAUAGUUGAUGUUGCCUUCAUAGUGAUGGAUUCUGUUGACAUUCACCAAAUGAGACAGGGAAAAGUAGAUGAUCCAGAAAAGGUCAAAUCCAGUUUGCUCAAAUCCAUUGCAGAGAUGAGGAGAACACAUAAUGAGCUUUGCAAUGUCCAGAGGGAAAUACAGACAACAAGAGAGGAACUAAAAGCAUAUAUAGAAUUGGUCAAGGAUGACAAGGAAAUAGACAAUGAUUUUAAUAGUUUAAACAUAUAGGUAUGAUUGCAGUCAGAGAAUCACGAAACAUCCUAUGUUGCUCUGAAACAACCAGAAUUCAUAUGUGUAGCAUGAGGUUGAGUUUUUGUGACUAUAUCAAGUCAGGUCACCUUAUUUAUACAGCACUUUUUGUAAUAGAACUUUAAAGAACAAAGCAGCUUUACAGUGAUUAAAAAUAAAUAAAUAAAUACAUUAAAAAAAGACAACAAAGUUUGAAAAUAAUAACAACACAAGUGUCAUUGUUCAGCUUGUGUCAGUUCAGUGUUGAUUCAGUUCCAUUAUAAAGAUCUUCAACUAUUAAUUUAUUCCAUCUGUUCAGCAGCUUUAGAGAAAACAGUGAUGUCAUCAUCCAGCUCAUUUCAGUUUUCAUGCAAUAGUGUCAGUGCAGUCAGAUCAAUAAUAUAGUUGAGGUGUCGUCAACUAAACAAGCCAAAGGGAACAGUGGCAAUGAACUCAAACUCAAUCAGGAGACAUAGAUUUUUUUGUUUGUUUGUUUUAAUUUUGAUGAUUAAAGCUUAUAGCUCAUGAAAGUCAAAAAUCCAGUAUCACAAAAUUUUAGAAUAUUUCCUAAGAUUGAUCAAAAAAGGAUUUGCAAAACUGAAAAGUUCAAGUUCUUUAAAGUAUGUUCAUUUAUGCACUCAAUACUUGGUCAGGGCUCCUUUAGCACAAAUUACAGCAUCAGUGAGGUGUGGCAUGGAUCAGCCUGUGGCACUACUGGGACACUACUGAGCCUUCAGCUUGUCUGUAUUGGUUUAUUUGGUUUCUCAUCUUUCUCUUGAAAAUAUCCCAUAAAUUUCAUAUGGGAUUCAGGUCAGGCAUGUUGGCUGGCCAGGCAAGCACAUUAAUAUCAUGGUAUUCAAACCACUUGGGAGUGGUUUUGGCACUGUGGGCAGGUGCUAAAGUCCUGCUGGAAAAAGAAAUCAGCAUCUCCAUAAAGCUUGUCAGUAGAUGGAAGCAUAAAGUGCUCCAAAAUCUCCUGGUAGACGGCUGCAUUGACUUUGCACUUGAUAAAACACAAUUGACCAACACCAGCAGACGUCACUGCAUCCCAAAUCAUUACUGACUUCAGAAACUUCACACUGGACUUCAGGCAGCUUGGAUUCUGUGCCUCUCCAGUCUUCCUCCAGACUCUGGGAUCAUGAUUUCAACAUGAAAUGCAAAAUUUACUUUUAUCUGAAAAAAGGACUUUGGACCACUGAGCAACAGUCCAGUUCUUUUUCUCCUUAGCCCAGAUAAGAUGCUUCUGACAUUGUUUCUGUUUCAGAAAUGGCUUGGUAGCCCUUUUCCUGAAGACAUCUGAGUGUAGUGACUCUUGAUGCGUUGACUCCGGCUUCAUUCCACUCCUUGUAAAGCUCUUUCAAAUGUUUAAAUCAGCUUUGCCUGACAGUUUUCUCAAGCUUGCAGUCAUCCCUGUUGCUUGUGCACCUUUCCCUACCCAUUUUCUUCCUUCCAUUCAACUUUACAUCUAAUAUGCUUUGAUGCAGCACUCUGUGAAAAGCCAUUCCUUUCUGUAAUGACCUUCUGUGACUUACUCUCUUUGUGGAGGGUGUCAAUGAUUGUCUUCUGGACCAUUGCCAGGUCAGCAGUCUUCCCUAUUAUUGUGGUUUCAAAAAACAAGAGAUACCUGGAAUUUAUACUGUAGGGAUGGUCAUUUAUUGAAACUCAAAUGUAAAUAUUCUAAUAUUUUGGGAUACUGGAUUUUUGACUUUCAUGAACUGUAAGCUCUUAAAAAAACAAAACAAAAAAAAAAAAAAAAAACACAUUUUAAAUGUUUUACUCUACAUGUAAUGAAUUA